AUGUUUCAAAAAAUAAAUUGCAUUCCUAUAAUUGGAAAAAUGUAUAAAAAUGACCAUAAACACACCGCGGUAGCAGCACAAUUACUAAAUAAACUUGUGAGAAUUAAUAACUGUAUCAAUUUUAAUAAUUUUAUAAAUGAAAAAAACCAAGCUUCGAGGAACAUAUUUGACUAUAGAUGUUCCUACCUUCCAUUGGGUAACUGUACCAUAUAUCAUAAUAAGGUUAUAAAUUACAAAAUAAAAAAUAGAAGAAACGAUCAAGUGGGGGAAAUUACUAAAUUUUUUUCUCCUACAUACGGCAUAAGGAAUAACAUCAAAGUCACAAAUAAUGAUAGUGAGAAUUCUCAUCACACUGUAAAGACAAAAGAGGGAACGGAUACCACUAAUUGGAUGAACACCUUAUCUGAACAAAAAAAACUUAGAUUUAGUUGGCUUAAAAAUAUUAGAAAGAAACAGUACUAUAAAAUUAUCGGGAAAAUAGGAGUAAAAAAGAGAAACGCUGGCAUGUAUUGGAGCUUCUAUGUAAACAAAAGGAAAAAAAUUAGAAAAAAACGCAGGACUAUUUAA